AUGAGGGAGAGAAAUAUUUCCGUCAAGCUGAGAAUUCGGCCACAGAAGGAGAUAACCAACGAAGUUAUCAAAGUGGUCAAAAACAAAAAGGCUGAAAUCGAAGAGGAUCGCAUAAAAUUCAAAAAUCAUGAAUUUUUCCCCGACGAAAUUUUUCGAUCAGAUGGAGACUACAUCAAGCUCGAGAACGGAUACCUCGCCCCACUAUUCGUCCCAAACCCGACUUUUUGCGACCAAGGAAUAAUUUUCUAUGAGGUUGCUCAGCCAAUGAUUGAUGCUCUCUGGCAACACGAAAGUUCGACCCUUAUUCUGACAGGCCCGUCAGAAUCAGGGAAAAGAUAUACGCUUCUUGGAACAGAGGAUAAUCCUGGAAUACUCAAAGUUCUGUUUGGCCAGAUUUUCGAUGUCGUCAAUCAAAAGCGUCUCCAAGGGCAAAAAACGAAAGUCAACUUUUCAGCAGUGCAAAUUUAUGAUGAGCAGAUUCAAAACUUAGCGAGGCAUCCAGCUUCAUGGCCUUCCAAGGGUCUUCCAUCACAUACCUACAGACGGAUUGAAUUCUUUGAUAGCAUUGAUGAAAAUGUAUUCAACGAAAGUGAAGCCUCUCGUUUGCUGAAUAGAGCGGUGGAAAAUCAAAAAGAAUUCAUGGAAGAAAAUUUCGUGACGAAAGAAGAAGUCCAUACUCUUUUCAGAGUGAAGCUAACACAAAUAAUCGGCAUGCAAGCAAAAGAAGCAACGAUGACUUUUGUGGUGAUGACUGCUUCGGAACUCAAGCAUUACAAUGGAAAGGUUAUUUCUAGCAACAGAAGAAAAACGACAAAAGACACUCAUCAAGACCUUUUAUCCUGGCUCCAAUUUCUGAAAUCUCCAACUCAAAAAAGACCAAAGCAAAGUUUUUGCGCCCUGACGAAAAUCAUGAAGGAAUCAUUCUUUCGAAGCUCGGAAAUCUGCGUCCUUGGCACGAUCUUCCCGCCUUCGGAGAAUUCUGCAACUUUUACAUUUCUGUCAGAUCUUGGUUCUCUCAUGAAAAAUAAAGAAUUCUAA